AUGGAAAAUAUAUCUGACUUAAAUGAUAGUAUUUCAAAAGCAUUCGAUGUCGUUAUUACUAGUCUCACAGAGGAAACACUCGAUUCCAGUGCGAUUGAACGGCAAUUUAACGAGCUUUCCGAACAAAUAACCGAUUUCGAAGGAGUAUCCUAUCCUCAUUUCAUAGAACAUCGAUAUCGUUUCCAUCUGCUCCGUCUUGGAUAUUAUGAAAAGAUGAAAAAUGAAGAAAAAAGAAAAAAAGAAGAAAAGCUAUUACUGAAAUAUACAUCCUUACGUAGUCAAAACGUAGUAAAAGAAACCUUUAUUGGAACUGAUCAAACAUCUAAUAAUAAAACGAAAGAUGAUUCCGAAUCCUCAUGGGAGAUAAUACUCAAUUUAGUUUCAUCGUUGGUUCAAUCGCAAAAUACAGAUCAAAUAACAAAUACACUAAAAAAGAUUUCCCAACUGCUAAUAAGCAUAUUUCAGCAUCCUAUACAAACACUUGAUCAAUAUUAUCUACUACAAAAUAAUUGUAAAAACGUUCAGAGUUUAUUCGAAACGUUGAAAGUGAAUGAACUUGAUACGGUAUUGGAAGAAAAUAAUCAUGAAAGAGUGAAUAAUCUGGAUUUAUUAAUCGAAAUAAUUGAUUUAGUUUUGAAUAGUUUAGAAAAUCGACAAGAAUAUUUUGCGAAUAUUCUUCUUUCUGAUCUUCCUCAUUUGGAUGAAAUGUUAUUUCACAAUAUUCCUAAAACCGAACAAUGCAUCACACGGCGUCAUAAAGAAUGGGUUCGACUUUUCCAUUCAGAUAAACAUCGUGCUAAUCCAGUGUUCGACGAAUUAAUGAAACAUAUUAAUUCUACUCGUGAUCGCCAUCUUUCAAAAGUUCAUUCACUCUGUGCUAAAUCAAUUGUCGUACAAAAUGAAAUCGAUGAAGGACAUAAACAUGCAGAAUUAUCAAUGACAUUUAAAAAGCGUUUUAAAUCUGGUGGAGAUGAGGAAUUAAAUGUUGAGCAAUUAGAAAAAUUAUUUACAUUUGAGGCUCUUACAGCAUUUGAACAUUAUCGAGCUGCUCUUAAAUCUCUCGGUAAAAUGGCCCAUAAUGAAGCUGAUAUUUUACAGCGAGCUCAGAUUCUGGAAUGGAUGGCCUUAGUGAUGCGUCUAUCAGGAAAGCAUAACAUUGAAGCUCAACUAUACAUUGUUGCUGCAAUUUAUAUAAUAACACUUUUGGGUAUGACUGAACAGUUGUACCAACGAUUACGAAAGUUGCAAAUAGCGUUGGAAAAAUAUCAAGGUUUAGCGAGAAAUACUAUCACUGAAAUGGAUGCUGCGGCAUCUUCAAAUACAAAUCGAGAACUGAUACUAUGCACAAAUCCUAAAUUGUCAUCAAGAGAAAUUCAUGACGAAACCCAAGUAUUCAUCCGAGAAGCGAUUCUUCGAAAAUGUGUUGUACGAAGUGCUCAAAUAGUAGACCUCAGUGUCGAAAACCAAUUUGGGGUAGAUUCGAGUUUUCAGACAUCGACCGGUCGAUAUCUUCAAGUACGUGGAAUUUUAGCAAGUGCAUUUCUUCCUCUAGCUGCUGAAUUUAUCAUUGCCGGUGGAUCGUGGAUGUGGAACAAAAUCGUAUUUAAAAACGACCAGAAUCGAUCUUCUGUACAAGUUCUUUCGGACGAAUACCCUAUUCGACUCAGUUUAAAUAAAUUAAUGGAAGAUGCAGUGAAAUUUUACAAUAAUGAAGAAUACGCUAAAUUUAUUCAGGAUCUAUCAAAGUCCUACUAUCAAGAUCGCCAGCUAAUGGAUACAAAACUAGGAAGUGAGACGAUUAGUGUUGAAAUUCGUGUUGAUCAACUUAUACGACCUCUACUUAAACAUGGUUUUCGAGCUGAUAAAAUCGCACAUCUUCUUAUUUUGAUUGGAGAAGUUCUUCUACGUGGUAUUGAUUUUGCUGAUCCGACACGAAAAAAUCCAGAACAUACAGCACUGUUAGAACAAAGUAAAAUCCUUUUUCAAGGAGUUUACGACAGUGAACAAUUAAGUAAAGCAGCUGUUCAACUCGACGAACGCGUUCAGAAAUAUCAUCAAUUGAAGAUCACAAAAGCUGCAAAGAAGAUUCUUGCUUCAGUUUCAGAAAAAGACAUUGAAGACUCACACGAAGCUCCAUAUUCUGAUCGGCUUGCAGGCUAUUGCAAACUCGCUCGACUUAACUAUGCUAUUGCUUGUUUAUUGGCCGGAGGUAAAGACAAUUUUGAACGGUGUAAACAAUCGCUGAAAAUUUUGAAAUCAUCAGAGAAUACAUAUCACGAUCGAUUUUUCGUCAUACCAGAUGAACGAAUUCAAGCUCUCGAAGAUCUAUUGAGUGCAUUUGGAAUGGACGAUGAUAAUACGAAUUUGGCUAAUCCAUCUGGCAUGUGUACCAUCGCCAGCAACAUAACAGUUGACGUCAAGAAUAUCAGAUAUCUGAAAACCGAUCUUGGAUAUCGCGCUUGUAAUUUUGUGGAAGAAGUGGAUGCUAACAGUGAUCAAUUAAUAAUGCUACCUUGUCUAGUGCCUGGUGAACUUGGUUUUAAUUGUGAAAUGUUUAUUCAAUAUGUAUCGGAGAAGUAUUCGAGUUCUGAUCAACUUAUCCUUGAACUUCUUCAUCAGGAACGUGUUUCUAAUCUAUCGGAAUGGGCAAUCAAAUUCCGAUCAAAUAAAAAAAUAUUUCAACAUCGUGCCUAUUUACCGCUUCUUUCUGCAUUUGGCAAUAUAAAAAUACAACCUUGUGACAUCAUUCAAGACGAACAAUAUGGAAUAGUCUUUGAAGCAUCGCAUCCUGUGAUAGACUAUGUGCCGGGCAGGAGUGGACUCCGUGAAUUAUUUGUAGUAGUUCGUGGAGAACAAGACCAUAUCAGUUGUCUAUUUACCUUGGUUCCUAUCGAAAUAACUCAUCUCCAAUGGCAAUUAAACAAUACACCUGAAAAUCAUCCAGAGCGAGCAGUCAUUCUUCUACGUAUUGCUGAACACUAUAUGAACGAAGCGCAUCAGAAUGAUAAACAGAAUCAUUUAGCAGCUUUAAUUGAUUGGCAAAAGGCACAAGAUUAUUACGCUCAAGUUCUAAGCGUAAAAGAAGUAGCCACAAAACAACAUCUGGCUUCAGCCGAAUUAGGCUAUUGUAAAUGUUUGCUAAAACAACAUCGAUAUUCGCGUAUUAAUGAACGUUUGAGCAGUGGAGAUCGUAGUUGGUCAGCUGAUGUCUGGUUAGUUUAUGCUCAAGCCCAAAGAAAUAUUGGUGAGUAUAAGAUUGCGAAGUAUGGAAUUCAACAAGCUAUAAGAUUAGAGCCACUCAAUUGCGAAGUUCGAAGAGAAGAAAAAGCGAUCAAAAUGAAAGACGAACGAAUACAAGUAAAUGAACGGUUAGAUUUAAGCUAUAAUUUUCCUGGUCGUAGUAACGAAAAACCGUUUUAUAAUAUUCUGUCUAUUGAUGGAGGUGGAAUUCGAGGCGUCAUUCCGGCUAUUUGGCUGAUGGCACUUGAACAUAAGAUCAAACGACCAAUUUCGUCACUAUUUCAUGUUGUAGCUGGCACUUCCACUGGUGCCAUCAUUGCUGCAGGACUAACGACACCUUCACUGGAGGAUCCAUCUAAACCUUAUCAAGCAUACGAACUCGUUCAGUUAUACCGUGCAAAGGCUGAGCAGGUAUUCUCCAGAAAUCCAAGCUUUCUUAGUCGUGUUAGGGCUUCGUUGCUGCAGGAAUCGAAAUAUGUUGAUGAAGGUCGUCACAUGUUAUUCUAUGAAUAUUUCGGCGGCUCAAAAUUAUCGAAUACUCUUAGUGAGCUAGUGAUACCGGUAGUGAAAAGUGGUAGCAACGCUACUGACAUAUUCACCCGACGAGCGAGUCGUCGAGAUUUAACCGAAGACUCUCUUCUCACAGAAAUACUAAUGUGCACAACAGCUGCACCCACUUAUUUUCCGCCCUAUCGAUUGAAAAAUACUGUUUAUAUUGAUGGUGGUGUACAAGCAAAUAAUCCAUCAAUGAUUGCUUACGAUCAUAUUUUAGAUAUUUAUCCAAAUUGCGACAAAAAUCGUAUCCGACUUCUAUCCUUGGGCACAGGUGAUUAUGUUCCCGAUCCACUCAAUCCUGAUGCAGGUCGAAAUCUGUUAUUCUGGGCUCGAAAUUAUCAAUCUGUACUGAAAGUACUAAUGGAUGGUCCUCAAAAUAAUAUAGAUCUUCAUCUGCACAGAACUCUUGGUAGCAACUAUUACCGUUGGCAAAUAUGGCUCGAAAACCCUAUUGAACUUGACGAUUUUCGAGAGGCAAGCAUCGACAGAUUAGUUGAUUUAGCUCAUGGGCAUUUGGAAGAAAUGGAAGCAUAUGACAACCGUCAUCGACUUGGCCGUUUAAUAGAAGACCUCCGAUCAUCAUCUUAA